CCACGGCGGGCCUGCGGUCGGCGGACUACCCGUUCCACAGAGCCUUGCGGGGGGGUCGGGCCUGGCGCCCGGAAGGCGGCUCUGGCAGCUGGUGUCAGGGCGGCUAGUUCAAGUUGCCAUAGCGGCGAGGUUGCAAGGUACUAAUGGCAGAUUCAUCCAGUGAUUCAGACAACUUUCUAAGGGGUCGAAUAGGAAGGCGUCCACCUUUGAGAGCAUCCCACAACAGAGCUCGGAACUAUGGUGCUGAAGAAGUUACAGAGAAGAUCCAUACUUUAGCAAGCACUUUACAGGAUACCAACAGAAAUCUAAGACACGUUGACCAUUUGCUAGGACAAUACAGAGAAUACAACAAGGAACAAACCGAAGCAAUAGCAACUUUGAAAGAAACACUGGAACAGUCUAUAGGUCAAUUAAGGAGCCAACAAUUAACCCGAAACACUGGAAUGAGAAGUGCUUCUCUCUCAAGCUUAUACCCUAGUGAUCUGGAUGGAGAAGGAGUGUCAGGGAACCGCCACUUCCUGCCUACUUCUCCUCUCAGGGACUAUGGAGACUCACAGGGCAAUAAACAUCGAAGGUCUAGAUCUGCAAGUGUUCGAUUUGUCAAUGAGGCAGAUAAUUUGGACCAGCUGCAUUCUUUCCACCAGUCUCUUCGAGAUCUCAGUAGUGAACAAGUUCGCCUAGGAGAUGACAUCAGUCGGGAGCUUUCAAGAAGAAAUCGGACUGAUGCUGAAUUAAGAAAGACUCUAGAAGAGUUGUCUGAAAAGCUUACUGAGUCCCAAAGACAAGAAACGGUAUCGGAACGGGUAGAGAGAAGACUUCAGGAGAUAGAACAAGAAAUGCGUGCUGAAAGACAGCUUGUCGAAAGGCGCCAGGACCAACUGGGACACAUGUCUCUUCAAUUACAAGAGGCUUUAAGGAAGCAAGAUGCUAAAGCAGAUGAAACAGAAGAACUCAUGAAAAAUAAACUUCUGAAAUAUGAAAGUGAAAAGAACCAACUUGAGCAAGAAUUGGAGCAAUCCCGGAAAAAGUUGAAUGAAUCAGAAGGCAAUAGAGAAGCUCUUUUGCAUCAGAUUGAGGAACUUCGUUCCCAACUUUUGAGAGCAGAAGAAGACCGUGUAGAGUUGCAACAUCAAAUUUCACAUGUUGCUACUCACCGCCAGAGCUACCAGGAUGUACAAGAUGAUGACAGGAGAAUUAGAACAGCUGAAAGAUAUGAGAGAGAGAAGCAAGAACUGGAGAAACAUAUUUUGGAGCUUAAAGCAAAGCUGAGUCAUAAUGCUGUAAUGUCAGAGGUAGAAGAACUAAAGAGAUGCAUAGACCGUAAGGACAAGGAGAAAGCACAGCUUGUAAUGCACAUACAGGCAUUAACAUCUGACCUGGAAAACAGGGAGAAGCAGCAAGAAAAAAUCCUGGACCAGCUAAAGGAGAUACAGAGUUCCUACAAGGCUUGUGAGAAUGGACGUAGGCAAACUGAACUCCAGUCUGCUGAGUUAGCUCAACAGGUUGAAGAGAGUACCAAGGAAGCAGAGAGGUACCUCACGGAAUUCAAGCAUUCAGAGGCACUCAGGCUGGAGAUUGAGAAAAAAAGAGAAGAUUUGAAGGUGAGAGCACAGGAAACCAUCCGCCAAUGGAAGCUGAAAUGUAAGAAACUGGAUCGUGAGGUGGAAAAGCAGAAUGAAACUAUCAACCAACUGAUGGACAAAAACAAUCAGGCCCUCAAAGAAAAGGAUGACCUCAGAAGUCAACUUCUCUCUGCUAUACACCAAAUAGAAAACCUUCGGAAAGAGUUGAAUGAUGUGCUUACAAAGAGAGCUCAGCAGGAAGAACUCCUUCACUGCAAGGAGGUAAAACUGAGUGAAAUGAAGUCUCACCAGGUAUCUCUUGAAGAAGAGAUCAAAGAAGUUCAAGGUACUGUAAAAAAAUUAGAGAAUGAAUUGAAAAAGCAAGUCUUUCUACAAAAUCAAAUGCAAGCUGAAAAGGAACACUUGGAGACAGAACUUGCAACUAGUAACUUGAUCCAUAAAAAAGACCAAGAAAAACUCUUAGAAAUGCAAGCAGAUGUAAAAAACUUAAGCUCUGUACGUGUGGAACUAACAAACAGAAUAGCAGAAGAGGAGAAAGUCAAAAAGGAAUUACAUAAGACCCUCUCAGAUCUCCAGAAACAGCAGAAAUCUAAGCAUGAAGAGAUAACUUCAGCUAACAGGCAGCUGAAGAUGGAAAGAGAAGUUCACCAGCAGGAGUUGGCAGAUCUUAGAUCAGAGUUACAAAAUGUUAAAAUCAAACAUGAACAAAAUGUUCAAGAGCUCAUGAAACUCCUUAAACAAGAAAAGGAUGAUGCGGAGGCUCAGCUUAGAAUGCUAAAGAUGGAACUCGUAGAAGAGAAAAAUACUGUUAAGGCUCAAUGUCGACAACUGGAGAAGAUAAAAAAUGAGUGUGAUAAAUUGACAGAAGAAUUAACCCAAAAUGAAGAAGAAAAUAUAAAACUCAGGCGGAAAUGUGAGUUUGUAAAACAAGAACUGGAGAAAAAGGAUAAACAGAUCAGCAGUGAAGAAGAUCAUUUGAGAAGGAUGGAUGAGGCGAGACUGCAGUUUAAGGAUCAGCUGCGUCAUUUAGAAAUAGAACAGGAAUCCAUUCUCACCAUGAUAGGAAGUGAAAUUGAUGCUGCUUGUGAAAUUUUUUCUCGGGACUCCAUGGAGAAAUUCAAAGCAGUAUCACUUACACCAACGGUGCUGAAUGAUCCUCAUCGCUGGUUAGCUGAAACAAAGACUAAGCUUCAGUGGCUGUGCGAGGAGGUCAAGGAAAGAGAAAGUAAGGAAAAAAAGUUGCGAUGCUACUUACUGCAGAGCCGAGAACAGCUCAAGCACUUUACACAGAUGAAGGAGGCUGAACAUCAGUCUCUCUAUAAACAGAUAAAAAAGCAAGAAAAGCUUUUGGAAGAAGUUCACAGAGAAAAAAGAGAGUUGCUAGAGAAGACCCUCAGAAGAGAGGAAGAAAUGGGAGCUCUCCAGGAACGUAUUAUGACCUUAGAAGUGAGUACUCGAGUAGCUUUAGACCAUCUGGAAUCUGUUCCUGAGAAACUGAGCCUAUUAGAAGAUUUCAAAGAUAUUGGAGAGUCCCAUUGCCGAAGGGAGAUGAUUGAGGAAAGGUAUACAAAGUAUAAAGAAAUAGUGAGUUCUCUACAGCAACAGCUGGAAGAUUCAAAGCAGAGAGUCCCGCAAUUCAAGGAUGUGAAAAUGGAUGCUGAAAUUUCUGAUAUAGAAGUGGCUGCUCCCUCUUCUAGUUGGCAAACUCAAAAUAGCUUUUUGUCCAGCUCACUGCUCUCAGAUUCAGGUUCGCUUAGGAAAAGAAUGGUUCCUUUUGAUAAAAGUGGCACCAAGGAAGAUUCCAUUAAUAUUGCUGUCAGUGAAAUGAAGCUGCAAGCAGAAAGAAGGAAGCAGUAGAACAUUUUACAAAAACAUGCCAGCUUUCUCUGUGGUAAAUUCCAUUCCACUCUUUUUUUGGUUUUGAACAGUAGUAAUUCCAUCUGCUAUAGGAGUGAUGCACCCUUAAUGAUUCAACUGUUGCCAAACGCUUAAAUGAAAAAGCACCAGGAGUGAAUCUAAUGAACUCUUGUGAUAAUUUAUGUAACUUCUACACCAAAGGUUUUCUGGGAUUAUGCUAUUCUCUUGUAUUUGUUUCUGCAGUCCUCUUAAACUAAAUUUAUUGUAUUCCUGAAAUAUUAUGAAAGACCUGUGACAUUAAUCUUUGCUAUGAGCUUAUUUACCCCUG